GAUGGGACAGCGCCGCAACGGUACCCGGAGCUCUCUCUCGCGCGCGGCAACAAUCAGAUUAGCCGAAGCGUUAAUUAGCGUUUCGUGUAGGCCUAGACAAAGAGACGCCAUUGGCGCGGACACGCCCUGCGCCAUCAAAUGCAAAAACGCCACACCCAAAACGUUGAGCGUGCCGGGCGCUUUGUCCGGCCUCGGGCGUAGCCGGCUCGUUAGUAGUCGACGCUCAUCAAAAGUCGACGAUCGUGCCGGGCGACGAGAUACCGAUUUCACGGAGAGACGCUUCGAAGCAACUAUCUGAUGCACGCAUGUACCUGCCUACCUACUGUCUUCUUGCUAAGUCGAAAGUCGUGUUAAAAAAGGUGCCGGAGGCUGUCUGCAGCCCACGACCCGUCGGCCGGCUAAUAGACGGCGCGCUUCCGGUGCGUCGAGAGACGCCUUUUGUACGGCGAAAUGCGGCGAUGCGCCUUUGACAGAUAUCCUGAAUACCUGCGCUCUGUUGAACAUCAAAGGGUGAUGCCGAUGGCUACUUGACCGUAGCUUCAGAGACGCCGCGCCUUUCUAUUGUCGUGUAUACACAUAGUCGUUGAGACCUGCUAGCGUCUACGGUAGUCAUAGCGACGCCCGGGUCGGAACACAGCUUCGUGGGACGCCCAACGCUUUGAAGACUCCGUAGUCACGCACUAGGCGUCGAGUUUCGAGCGGCCGUCGCUUGUUUGGCGUCAAUUAGGCCUGCGACUACUUUGUUUGGUUUCGGCGCUUACGCGCACAGAUUUUUCUUUUCUUAUACCUUUUUCUAGACGCCUGGACGGUCCGCACUCGUCCAAAAUUCAAUUAAGAUUAUAUAGGAAGCCCUAGAGAUGACGAGACGCGGCUUCCGGUCGAUUUGCGACGGUCAGCCAGAGAAGAAGAGUGUAUGCAUAAAUAACUUGGACAGGAAAAUAGUGAACUACAGAGAUGGGGAAAAGUGGUAAACAAAAAGAGAAAAGUAAAAGAGAAAAUAUUUUAAGCGAAAGAGAGACAUCAAGAGAAAUAAGUAGAUAGAUAGAUAGAUAGAUAAAGAGGGAGAGGGAGAAGGAGAAGGAGCAAAAAUAAAGAUACACUGAUAUAGAACAGGAUAGAGAAUAAGAAUAGGAAAGAAACACAGCCAGGGAGCAAAAAGGAGGG